AUGAAGACAACAACAGCAUUCGUCGUCUUUUUGACUGCCGUUUCCCAAUUGAUGGGAACGGCAGUUGCAGCUUCGGCCACGGCCGCUGCCAGCGGUACCAAGCCUACACAAGCACCCAAGGAGAACGCCAAGCUAGGAACACCGACAUCACAGGGAUGCUUCAAGUCAUAUGGAAACAUGACAGACAGCGGACUUGACGAAACCAAGGUCUCUUCAGGAGGGUGUAGGGAGGCUUGCCAAGCAAAGAGUGCGCCGGUCUUUGCCAUGGGCGGUGGUGUUCAGUGCAAGUGUGGAAAUCAAUAUCCCGCCAAGAGCGAUCUCACGGACGACUCGGCUUGCAACUACGAAUGCCAGGCUUACCCCCUGGAGGCUUGUGGUAACCUCGAUGCCACGGCCUGGUCAGUCUGGAACACCGGUGACAAAAUCUCUAUUCCUUACUACGAAAAGGCAGAGACGUCGAGCAGUAGCUCUGCCCCUGCCGCGACCAGUACGACGGCCAGCAAGCCAAGCUCAACUGGCGACCCUGCAACAACAGAAACCUCGGGCAGUGAUGACCAGAAAUCAGGCGGCAGUAAUCUAGGAGCAAUCAUCGGUGGCGUGGUUGCCGGUGUGGUUGUUAUUUGCGCCAUUGUAGGUGGAUUAUUUUUCUUCAUGCGACGAAGACGCAACUCGGAGAUCGAAGAAGAGUAUCGCCGAAAUGCUGCUGUCAAUGCCUUCAUUAGCGGCUCCAAGCCUCCCGGAAGCAGCGCUGGUAGCAUCUCGAUGACCGACUCUCGCCUUGAUCCUAUCAAGGCCCAUCGACUAAGUGACGGCAGCAUUGCCGACAACGAGGACUACUCCCGGAAGAUUCUCAGGGUGACCAACGCAUGA